AUGUCUUAUUCCAACAAUUCAAUCAAUAGUGGUAGAAGGUAUGAGGAAGAGCUUCAAUUUAAUAAACCCAUUUGUGAUUGUGGGUUCGAGUCUGUAAUCCGCACUUCUUGGACAGUUGAUAAUCCAGGUAGAAGGUUUUAUGACUGCCCAAAUUACAAGAGAAAUGUGAAUAAUUGUUGUCAGUUUCUUAGAUGGAUAGACCCAAUACAUGGUGCAAGAAAUAUGAAUAAUUUAGGAGGGUUGUUUAGAAAGUUGGAGGAGAUUGAGGCUAAUGUUAAGCAGCUGCAAAUUUUGGUUGAAGAAAGAAAUGAUGAAGUUGAUAGAAUGUUAAAGUUGUUGAAAAAUGUUAAAUUUGGUUGUUUGAUAUAUGUAAUAGGUAAUGGUUGA